CUCCCUCCCCCCGCUGGGACUUCCUCUACCAAGAUGGCCACAAUGUGCUCGCGGUGACGUCACGCCGGGCGGGCCGCGACUCUUGGCGGAGCGGGGUCGCAAGGAGGAGGCGCUGGCGGGGUCCGCGGAGGGAAGCGGGAACACGAGAGCCGUGCGAGAGCGCAACUCCCGUAGCCUGCCCGCCGCCACGGAGUGAACGCACAGCUCUCACACAUGAGGCGGAGUGAGUAUAACUUACACAGCCGCAACAGAACUCGUGUGUGAAGCUGCGUGGUUUCAGCAAGCAGCAGGAGCGUCACCGCGGGGGCACGGCAGCGGUGUCUGUAAGGCACACCGCGCACUCUGCGUGAGAGCGACCCACCACCACGGGAGACCCCCACCACUAAAAAAGUCGCCAUAUUAAUCAAGCAGAGACGCCGGCAGAAACGGGUGCGGGUCGAUGUGGUGAAGCGGAGCGGGUAGCCAUGGCGGAGGGAGCAGAUGGAGCGGAGGAGGAGACGUUCCAGCUGGCAAGCAACAAGCAGCUAUCGGACUUGCUGCGUGAGCUGUGCGAACUGCGGGAGCGCGGCUCCUUCUGCGACGUGGUGGUAGAGGUGCAGAGCUGCCGAUACCUGGCGCACAAGGCCGUGCUGAGCAGCACGUGCCGCUACUUCCGCAGCCUCUUCCUCAGCGCGCCCUGCAGCAGCAUGGGGCCCUUCGUGGUCGACUUUCUCUCUAUCCGUACCUUUGAGCUCAUUGUCGACUUCAUCUACAAGGGCCGCAUCCGCGCGAGCCGCGAUGAGAUGCGUGGCCUUUACUGCGCCGCUCUCGACCUGGGCCUGGAGUGCCUGGAGGAGGCUUGCCGACCCUUCAAGUCCGAGACGGACGACUGGGGGGACGGCAGCGCCGGCGGCGAGUCGGACGAGGGCUCCGAUGUCAGGAUGAGCGUCGUUGAGAUGCAGCGAGCGGAGGAAACGCAGGAGGCGCCGACGGCGGCCGUGGAUCUGAGCGGCCGACAGGCGUGCGCCACCGUCACCGCUACCGCCACCAUCAAGCAUCGGAUGUGGAACAGGGAGCUGGAGGUGGCCGCAUGUCGCAGCGUGCCCAGAGACCAAGGGGGCGACGCCGCCGAUGCCAGCACCCCGCUCCUCCUCGACGUCAAGGAGGAGCCGUUCUCAGCCUCGGAGAACGGAGACGACGACUGCAACGGUGACUACAACGGCGCCUCCGCGGAGACACCGCCGCCGGGCGGGGACAGCACGGCGCCGCCCGCCGGCAACGGCACCGCGCCACCCUACGCGAUCUUGGGCGGCAGCGGUGCCGGCUUCGGCGAGGAGCUGCAGUGCCAGGCGUGCGGGGAGUUCGUGGGCGAGAACGACACGUCCCUGCGCGAGCACGCGCGUGCCGUGCACCUGGAUCGCGCGACUCUCAGCUGCCGCGUGUGCGGCAAAAAGUUCAGCCUCCUGAGCAACGCCAUGCAGCACGUGGUGGUGCACACAGGCAUCGCCGUGCUGCAGUGCCACGACUGCCGCCGCCAGUUCGUGUCGGAGACACGCCUCAACCUCCACCGCGAGCAUCACUGCAAGAAGCUGAAGCAGCUGCUGGCGCGGGGGGGGGGCGAGGCCGGGGGCCCGCCCGGCCGCGCGAAGUCGGCGUGGGCCGCCGACGAGGCGGCGGCGGCGGCGGCGGGGGAGGUGGUGGCGUGCCGCACCUGCGGCAUAUCGGUGCUCAAGACAAUGGCGGCGCUGCGGGAGCACGCGCGGCUGCACGUAGACACGGUGUCGCUGGUGUGCGGCGUGUGCGGCCUGCAGUCCACCUUCCUCAGCAACCUCAUCAAGCACGCGCUGCUGCACGUGGGUGUCUUCCUCUUCAUGUGCGACGCCUGCGGGAAGAGGUUCCCUGUGCGCUGUCGCCUGCAUGAGCACCAGAAGAGCGGCUGCCGUGCCCUCAAUGCCAGCGCCACCACCUCCUCACUCGGAACCCCGGGGUCAUUCGACGAAGACAUCUCGAUCCUCGAUCACCUGUCCCUCCCCACCCCUGUCCCACUCCCCCUGCCCCCACCUGAGUGAGGCAAUUAAUGAAGAUGAGAGUGAGUGUGCGAAUGGAGUGGUGGGUGCGUGAGUGAAUGAGUGUGAUUGUGAAUAAGUGAGCUAGUGAGCAUGAGAAGGGAGUUCUAGGUGAGUGAGCAAAGGGUAGGUGUGUGUGGAUAAUGUCGAAGUUAGGAGUAUCUAUGUUCAGUAGCCAAUGGGUCCCAUGAAUUCUCAUAAUUAAGGUGGCCCCAUCGUAACACUUGCCCCUCUCUCCAAAAGUAGGAAUGGAAGGUGUCCUGCCUUUACGUGACCCUGCGAGGAGUCUUCCCAGCGAGUGGGUUUGAGGGGAGCAAGACCGUGUGUUGUGCGGUUCUAUUCAGCGUGUGUAUCGUUCGGUUGGUUCCUCUCAUGCCGAGGUUUGAGAGUCGAAUGGGCGUGAGGUUUGGGAGUCGAACCGGCGAGAACUAGCUCAUGACCCGAGCCGGGUGCACGAAAUGCGAUGGUAAAUGGUGCAGAUAUCUUUCGGUUUCCUUCCAUCGUUGGUCGGAAUAUAGCGAUGCAUUGAGUCGCAUGCUCAUGACGCGUGUAUCUGCAUUGAAUAGCACUAGUGAGAAUUUGUUAUUUACAAUUUCAGAAAAUAAAAUGUCCAAAUGAAAUCCUGAUGUUACAUUAAUGGUAAUAGCAUGAACAAGAAAACUACAAACAAGACCAAAAAAGUUUAACACAGGCUUUCACGACCACUAUCAUCCAUAAUAGUAGCAGAACACGCGUGCCAACAAGGACACACAAUUGAUUUUGAUAAUUAGAGAAUCUAUCGAAAUUGAAAGAAAAAUUGUUUGAACUGUUUGGAUAGCUACGGCCUUAGUGCUGCGUAAAAGCGAAUCAUCAAAGAAUACAUCAUUUAAAUGCAUGCCUAUAAAGGGCAGCAUACUUCAAUAGGUAUUACCGUUAGUACGGCUAUUUUAAUACACACCAU